ACCACACCGUGAGCGUUAUGAAAAGUCAACCAAACAAGAAAACUAUGAUGAAGAGGAACCCAUGGCUGAUUUUUUAUCAGAGCUAGCUAAUGUAGAGGCUACCCCUAGAGCUAAGAGGCCGUUUUGUAAACGUUGUAGUCGUCCCCUGACGGUGUGCUGGUGUCCAUAUCUUCCUCAUGAGCCAAUAGAUGUGACAACGACUGUGUGGAUUCUUCAGCACCCAUUGGAGGAGAGUCGAGUUCUGCGUACUGCCCCAAUACUCUACCACAGUCUGAAGCCAGGCCAGUGUAAAAUCUUCAGGGGAAAGAGGUUUACCAAAGAAAGACACUCUGAGGUAUGGAGAACUCUGCACGACCCAGAAACGCUGCUUCUCUACCCAGGGCCAGAUGCCUCUGACCUGAAUUCUGUCCCUUCCCCUACACUCUCCUCCCCUCACAAUCUGGUUAUUUUAGAUGGUACCUGGUCCCAGGCUAAAGGUCUGUACCAUCAAAACCCAUCCUUGUGGAACCUCAAGAAGGUUCAAAUCCGUCAGAGUGGUUGUAGCAAAUAUGUGAUACGUUCUCAACCCACUGAUGCAUGUCUGUCUACCCUGGAGACUGCCGCCAUUGCUCUCUCUGUCCUGGAAGACAAACCAUGCAUACAAGAGGUGUUAACACGGCCUCUGGUUGCCCUGUGUGAGUUCCAGCUCCAGCAUGGUGCUGUACCCCAUCAGAGUAAGGCUUUCCAAAUCCAGGCAGGAACUUACACCAAAGCUUUGUCUAAGAGUGUGAGGAAGAGAAUGGCUAAACAACAACAACAACAGCAGCGCAAAGAGCUCUGACAAACGCUCAACUUAGCAACUGUUUAACCUGUAGUGGCUUUUCCAAAGCAUGCCUCUAUGCACGCCUUUUGUGAAGACACAGAUUAUUUUUGCUUUUGCUACUUCUGUGCUGGUGGUGAAAAUGUGAUAAGAUCCUCAGAAUCUACGAGUCUUUGAUAUAACCUUUCAUACUUUGAUAUGUUGUCCUAUGUUUGAUAAAUUACCAUAUUUAUACUCAUAUUUUUAUAUCAUUCAGCAAGAUCUGUGUUGAAAACAUUGGUGCGUUGUUUUCAAAAAUGUUUUGGAAUUCCUUAUCUUGUGAUAGAAAAAUGUCCCAAACAUUUAUAGACAAGUUGUGGUAUUGAAGAGAAGAUAACCAUAGGCUACAGGUGGAUUAUAGUUUUGUUGAAAUUAACAUUAAAAACAUUAAUUUAACAAAAUGUCAAAGAAAGUAACAGAUUCAGCGAGUAAUUGAUUUAAUUGUUUAUUUGAUUAUUUUUUUAUUUUUUUUAUCCCCCCUUGCCUAUUCACUUUAUUGAGCAGUGAAGUUGAUACAGCAUCUAUCUGGUCUCUUGGUGUAUCUGUAGGUUCGGUUAUUUUUUGGGAGGACUCAAUUAGUGUCAAACUUUGUGUACACAACACACAGCUUAGAAAGGAAAUAUUGUAGUCUGUUAAUACAAAACUUAAUGACAGAUUUCAUGCCCUUUUCGUAAAGGUUCACUUUUGCUCCAGUUGAAUUACCCAGUCAUCAGAUUUAAGGUAUAUUAAACAUAAGAUCUAAAGAGAAAAAUAUUGUAAAUUCCAUAGAUUUGGUUAGUGGAGGAAACAAGGCAGAGUGUAGGUAGAGAAAACUGACACCAUUAGCCAGGUACCGAGAGGAAAGUUAAACAACAACAAUGGACAAUAUUUUAGGAACUAUGGGUGAUAAUUACUGGAAAAUAUAGUAUAUUUUGUCGCCAUUAAGCGUUGCUUUGUAUUAAAUUCCAUGUCAUUUUGACAUUAUUUUCACCUCUGCGCGAGUAAAGUCUGCUGGUGCGUUUAAAGCGAGAAGAGCGCGGGUGCUCGUGUUUUCGAUAAAGACAGAACUAUAGUUAUUAUCAAUGUCUUAUAACAACAGCUGAAUUCCCGAGACAGAAAUAAAAUUGCGUUCAAGUUC